UGGCCCCUAAACAAUAACAAAUAGAGGUACGGUCACACCAGUGGCGAGGAAUAACAAACUGACCUAAAACAGGCAUUACCAGCUCAAAAUCUACCCUAAAACAAGGAUUACUAUUCGGAUGUGGAUUUCGAAGAUUUUCAGCUUAUCUACAUAGUCUUCAGUGGCGCGGUCUUCUCCGCGAAAAGCGGCCAACUAAUCUACGCCCCGCACCCAGGAGACAACAAACGCACACACACCCAGGCGUGAGCUGUAGGAGCCUCAAAACUGGAAGAAGAAGAGCUCAAGAAGGCCGACUCUCUUCAUAGCUUCCCGGAGUGGUGAGGGUCACUCAGGAACAAAAAAAAAAGGAACGGAGAAGAACAAAAAGCAGGAGGACACAAGCCGGAGGUGGAGGAGGAGGGCCAACAAAAGCUCUCCCACACACACAGCCACUAAAUGGCCGAUGGAAAUGGGCUGCCAGCGGGUGCAGCUUCCGGCGGCAUCGAGGCCGGACAAACAGUGAAUGGAGCCGCGUCCGCCAGCACCAAUCCCUCCACCAGCUCGGGGGCGGGGGCGGGGGCGGGGGCCAGUGGGAGUGCCAAUCAAGGAUACCAUCAAUUAAGCGUGAUGAUCGAGGGUGCGUCGCUGCGAAACAAUGGCUUCCUCAAGCCGAAUCCCUAUUGUGAGCUGCUCAUCGACAGCAAGAGCAAGCGGAAGACGGACCUGGUCAAGAACAGCUACUUGCCCAAGUGGAAUGAGGAGUUUACAGUGCUGAUUACACCAAACUCCACGCUGCACUUCAAAGUGUUGGACCAUUCCAGUUUCCGCAAAGAUGCCAUGCUGGGCGAACGGAUGAUCCAACUGGCGCACAUCCUGCAGCACUACAACGGUCGCUGCCAGUAUCUCGAGCUGUCGAUCGACCUCUUUGUGACCAGCAAGUCCGAUAAUCGCCAGACCAAAAGCGGCGAGUUGGUGGCCGUUCUCAACGGCCUCAAGCUGGACAUGAGCAAGCUGCAGAUUCAGGGCGCCUCCGCGGCACAACAGAACGGCAAUCCACCCGUCCAGGCGGUCAAUCCGUCGAUCGCUAGCGACGCGGUCGUUGGCCGUAGCUGUAUGAUUUACGGCGGAGUGCGAGCGAGGUUGUUGCGCUCGCCCACUGACAGUAGCAGUAGCGCUGAGAAUCGCUCACCUCUGCCGAACGGUGCCGCGGAAAGUAGACGCACCGCCCCAGCCCCGCCCGUCUGGGAACAGCAGCAGGCCAACCAGGUUCCCCAGCCGCAGCAACCUCUGCGGAUGGUGAAUGGAAGUGGGGCGGCAGUGCCGCAGACUGCGCCUUAUCCCCAGCAGCCGCCUGCUCCCGUACUGGCACGUCCAUUAACCCAAGUCUACGGAGCUUUGCCGGAUAACGCCACGCCCGCUGCAGUGUACUUACCAGCCGGAGCAGGAGCUGUGGCAGCUGUCGUACCAGGAGCGCCCAUGGAUCAGCAGCCUGGCGGACUUCCUAUAAGCCAGAGCACGGAUCCCCAACUACAGACCCAGCCGACGGAUGACGAGCCCCUGCCGGCGGGUUGGGAAAUCCGGUUGGAUCAGUACGGCAGAAGAUACUACGUUGAUCAUAAUACAAGAUCCACCUACUGGGAGAAGCCCACACCUCUGCCCCCUGGCUGGGAGAUCAGGAAAGACGGAAGAGGCCGAGUGUACUAUGUUGAUCACAACACGCGGAAGACCACCUGGCAACGGCCGAAUAGCGAGCGACUGAUGCAUUUCCAGCACUGGCAGGGUCAGAGGGCGCAUGUGGUGGCUCAGGGCAACCAGCGGUACCUCUGCUCGCAGCAACAGCAGCAACCCACAGCGGUGACGCAGGACGAAGAAGAUGCCCUGGGGCCAUUGCCAGACGGUUGGGAGAAGAAGGUCCAAUCCGAUAACCGGGUUUACUUCGUGAACCACAAGAAUCGCACAACGCAGUGGGAGGAUCCGCGUACUCAGGGCCAGGAAGUCAGUUUGAUCAACGAAGGACCUCUCCCGCCCGGCUGGGAAAUCCGGUACACGGCCACCGGCGAACGCUUCUUUGUGGACCACAAUACGCGGCGCACCACCUUUGAGGAUCCGCGACCAGGAGCUCCCAAGGGAGCAAAGGGCGUUUAUGGAGUGCCACGCGCCUACGAACGCAGCUUCCGUUGGAAGCUAUCGCAGUUCCGCUACCUGUGCCAGAGCAACGCUCUGCCCUCGCACAUUAAGAUCACGGUGACGCGGCAGACAUUGUUCGAGGACUCCUACCACCAGAUCAUGCGAUUGCCCGCCUACGAGCUGCGGAGGCGUCUCUACAUCAUCUUCCGCGGCGAGGAGGGCUUGGAUUACGGCGGCGUGUCUCGCGAGUGGUUCUUCCUGCUGUCCCACGAGGUCCUGAAUCCAAUGUACUGUCUGUUUGAGUACGCGAACAAGAACAACUACAGCCUGCAGAUAAACCCCGCCUCGUACGUGAAUCCGGACCAUCUGCAGUACUUCAAGUUUAUUGGGCGCUUCAUCGCGAUGGCCCUCUACCACGGCCGAUUCAUCUAUAGCGGAUUCACAAUGCCCUUCUACAAGCGGAUGCUUAACAAAAAGCUAACCAUCAAGGACAUCGAAACAAUCGACCCGGAGUUCUACAACUCGCUUAUCUGGGUGCGGGACAACAACAUCGAUGAGUGUGGGCUGGAACUGUGGUUCGGCGUCGACUUCGAAGUGCUCGGCCAGAUAAUCCAUCACGAGCUAAAGGAGAACGGCGAAAAGGAACGCGUGACCGAGGAGAACAAGGAGGAGUACAUAACGCUGAUGACCGAGUGGCGAAUGACGCGGGGCAUCGAGCAGCAAACUAAGACGUUCCUGGAGGGCUUCAACGAGGUUGUACCCUUGGAGUGGCUGAAGUACUUCGACGAGCGUGAGCUGGAGCUCAUCCUGUGCGGCAUGCAGGACGUGGACGUGGAGGACUGGCAGCGCAAUACCAUCUACAGGCACUACAACCGCAAUUCAAAGCAGGUUGUCUGGUUCUGGCAGUUUGUGCGCGAGACGGACAACGAGAAGAGGGCCAGGCUGUUGCAGUUUGUGACGGGUACGUGUCGUGUGCCAGUGGGAGGAUUCGCCGAGCUGAUGGGAUCCAAUGGUCCGCAACGAUUCUGCAUCGAAAAGGUGGGCAAGGAGACGUGGCUGCCGCGCUCCCACACCUGUUUCAACCGGUUAGACUUACCGCCGUACAAGAGCUACGAUCAGCUGGUAGAGAAGCUGACCUUUGCCAUCGAGGAGACUGAGGGCUUCUGCCAGGAAUGAGUGGCAGUCGAUUUGUGGUCGGUUUGUUGAUUAAUGUUUAAUUCCAGUUGAACGUCCCCCACCCCAUUCCUAUUUCCAUCCCUGCCCCCUACUCCCCCAUUUGACGACCAUGUUGCGUUAAUAGUUACUGUUAUUAUUAUUACAAUUACUGUAUACUGUAUACUGUAAACAAACACACAAACAAAAACAUAUAUACACACUUAUGUAUGUCUAUAUUCCUAUGUUCGCUACCACCUAAAAUGUGUACGUACAACUAAGCCUUGAUUAUAUUUAGCAGCAUAUCAAAUUUAAUGUUUAUUUAAAGUGAGAAAUGUCCCAAAAGAUUAUAGCUAAGAUUAUAGCUGUGCAACCGACAAAGAGGUCUCGAUGUGAUUAAAUCCCCUUUCGACAAGAAAAACAUAAAUGUUGAACGAAUUUUCUAUCAGUUGUUGGUUAAGUGAAACGUCCCAAAAUAUUCUUAUCUAU